UGUAUUAGUCAUCGUGAUGUCUAGAUCGUAUAUUCUUCCUGGUAAUGUCCCGAUUGUCAUUACUGUUUGACUUACGCGACCAUAUACAGAUGUCCAUACUGGUAUCUGUUGUAAGCACACAUUUAUAAAACUAGGUAUACUGUUGUCUUUGAAAUCUGGCUGACAUGUCCAGAAAAAUCUUAUGUGGUCCAGCCAGAAAUCUGAACAAUUAGAUGACUGUGACAAUAAAUUCACCCAGAUACGAGAAAAGAGUGAGCCAGAAGGUCACAGUAGUACCCGGUCAUUCAUCAUACUCGGAUUCAUCUUUGUUGCCUCCAUUCUUGCCUUGGGGAUCGUUUACCUAAGAUUCCCCAAGCUUGCCGAAGACGAAAAACAGUAUAUCAAACUUCCUAGAGAUAUAGAUGACGCCAAGAACCUUGGCAAAGUAUUGUCACGUUAUAAAGAAGACCAUUAUUACCAGGUGUUGGGAGCCUAUUUUAUUGUAUAUGUGUUUUUACAGUCCUUUGCUAUACCAGGGUCUAUAUUCCUCAGUAUAUUGUCUGGAUUCCUGUUCUCAUUUUCUAUAGCACUGUUCCUUGUAUGUUUGUGUUCUGCUUUAGGUGCCUCCUUUUGCUAUCUUUUGUCCUAUUUAGUCGGACGAAGACUUGUACAGAAAUACUUUCCAGAGAGAGUAGCUGAAUGGCAAUCUCAUGUAAAUAGACAUCGGGAACAUUUAUUGAACUACAUCAUUUUUCUGAGAAUCACACCAUUUUUGCCAAAUUGGUUCAUCAAUAUUACCGCGCCAGUGAUCAACGUUUCUCUUCUACCAUUCUUCUGUGGAACAUUUUUUGGAGUGGCACCUCCAUCCUUUGUGGCGAUCCAGGCUGGGACAACGUUACAAAAACUGACCUCGUCGGGGGACGCAGUUUCCUGGACCUCUCUCAUCAUCCUUUCAAUCUUUGCCUGUUUGUCUCUACUUCCUGUUUUCCUAAAGAACAAACUCAAGGCCAAAUUUGAUUGAUAAUUACUGAAACUUAGACCACUUUGUAUUUAUAAUGCAUAAUGUAGAUUUUCUUGUACUGUAAUUAAACAGACAAUGGUAUGUAUAUAUGUAUUAUUCUGGUAAUAUUCCAUAUACCCACAUUCAACAGAAAUAAAAACUUUAAGAAGUGACAGAGUGAAAAAAAUCCAGGUCCAAUUUCUGGGGCCAGUAGAUUUGGUCUAUAUCGGCAAGCAAAUCUUCAAAUCUUGGUGACUACUUGCCUGAUUGACAAGUGCAAAAUUUCGCAACAUUUUUACCUUUUUCUUGGAGUAAUUUAAGAUACUGGUUACUACUAAUUCAGUAUGGGCAAGCACUUUUCAGUCCAAACUGCCCAAAGGACCAGUGAUGCUGAGUUUGUUUUCCUCCCCCGAGAGGGCAUCUUGGGUAUUUAUUUGUCUGGUCUUUCUAUACAAAUAAUGAAUAAUUUUUCUUUCCUAAUAAAUGCAUAACAAAAGCUAUCAAUUUGUUGAAAAAUGAACUAUCAACUGGCCUCAUUUUCGUCAGCAUUCCUUAAUAUGGGGAUGAAUUUUGAGAUUUAAGGAGACACAUCUAGUUAAGGAACAUGUAAGUCUGUAAUGUUUUCAUGUGGAAAAUUUGAAUGGAAGGAAUUUCGUGAAGGAAUAUUGAUGAACUAUAUUGCCAGUUUAAAUAGCCAAGGUCCUUCCUUUUAGAAACUGAAUCAAAUUUAACCAAUAUUAUAACUACCCACCAAUCUGUUAGUCAAAUUUUGAGAUUGAAACUUUUAAAGUGAUAUUAAUACUUUAUGAUACUGACUAUAAGUGACUAAUAUGAAUUUAAAUACAAUUUCUGAAAUAAUGGCACAAUAAUUUUGUAUCUUAUGUAGGUUGGGAUCACUCUUAUUAUGUAAAUAAUGUAAUUUUUAUCUCCUGUUUUCACCAAUAUUUAAUUUGCUUUAUAACCAUCUUUUGAAAUUUAAAACAUUGGUCAAUUGUAGUGAUUAGAUCAUUUAAAUAUGUUGUUUUGUCACUAUGAUAUUUGUUUUAUUUAUAUUUAAAUGGCCAUAUUUCCCAAGCAAAAAUACAUCUGUUAUUAUGUAUACUUUUGGUGGAUAGGAAGGUUUUUUGAUAUCUACAUAUACAAAUGUACCAUAAUUUUGGUCAGCAGAGGUCUGGAUGGCAGGAGUUCAUGUUUUAACCAUUAUGAUAAAUUGAGAAUACAGACAAACAAUUAAAAUCCUAUCACAAUAGAGUUUUGAAAACAAUUAGGAAAUGAGAGUAAAAUGAACAAAAUGUUCAUGUUACAUGGAAAGUACAAUGCAAAUAAGACCAGGUGUUUCAGAAGAAUAAGCAUCUUCUGCCUCAUAGACAACAUCCACUAGUUAUGUCUAGACAUAGACAACACUCGCCAUGCAAUGUCAAAUCCAGGUUAUUUGACAACCCCAAAAUGACAACAGAACCCCUAGGCAUAUCAAUGAGCAUAUACAUGUAUCACAUGUAACAACAUAUCGAAAAAAAAAAAAAUCAUGAGGAAAACAAAAUUUUCCUAAAGAGAUCAUGAUAUCACCCAUAAACCUGUGUCGUGGGCUACGUUAGCCUGAAUCUCUUAAAUUCCUAUGUCGUUGCUAUGUAACAAGCGUCAUUUACCGACACAAGAUUUAACUAAAACUUUAGAUUAAUUAUUUUUCAAGACUUGCUCAUACGUCUCAAAAUAUUUUUCUGCCGUGUCAAAUUAAUGAACAUAACAUUGAAAUGUACCGGUAUAUUUCAAAGUACCGACACACAAAAAUAAGUUUGCUCAACUGAAAACAAAAAUCACAUCUCCGUCCCUUUUCAUAUUCUGAUAUUUCUCAACAUACUGUCUAUUUUUCGUUUAAAAUAUCCUAAAAAGAAAAUUUCCUUAUCAAGAAAAAAAAUUAAUGCUCCCAAAUUUUGUUUGAUAUUAACAAAGACAUAUUGUGACCCAUCUGGCCCUGCAUUUUGUUUGUCGGUAGAUUAAAAUCUUAGAAAUUAAGAUGAAAUUUAAGUAUUCUUGACCGCUUUGAUCUGAUUUGUCAUUGGAAAUAAUUUAAAUUUUGUAUCUUAUGUUGUAAUUUUUGCUGUUUUACAUGUAAGUUAUACCAUAUCAUUAAGCAUAUCACACAUUUGAGUAUUGUUUCUGUAUUUUUCAAUUUCUGAAAAUACUACAGUUAACCAGCUUAUUUUUGCUGUGACUUAUUUUCGCGGGGUUUUUUUGUUUUUUUUUUGCCUAAAUAACUUCUACACAGCAAUUUAAUUUUCAUUUAUUUUCAAUCAUAAAUCAGGAUAUUGAGGACCAGUAUCUGAUUCCGUUUGUCCAAUACAUGUACAUUGUAUAUCUGUUUCUCAUUUUAUUUUUAAAGUUAAUAAUUAAAGUUUUUGUUAUUGCUGUAUGUAUAUCUUAAUUAUCCACCAUAUAUAAAAUAAUUAUUAUUUCUCAAGAUUUAUAACACAGCAGUUGCCUGUCUGUAGACUAGAGGCAUAAACCCAAGUUUACAUGUAAAAGGCCUAUUAUAUCUGUAAUUGAAACUAUUUGGAGGUGCUUAAUUUUCACGAAUUUUAAACCUGUGAAAUGCGCUAAAAUUAAUUGCACAGAAAAAAUAAGUUGGCUUACAAUAUUUCUGGUUGGUAUUAAAAAUUACAUUUUAAAAUCAAUUUGACAACACAAUCUUUUUGAACUGUCUUCAGAGGUCCGAUAAAGGAUCUUGAUCAUACAAUUAAAUACAAAAACUCGUUAUCAUUUACAGAUUCAUUGGUUGGACCAUGCCCCCAUUUUUAGUGGGUUUUUUUUAAGAAUGUUUCAUUUUCAGUAUCUGUCAGUAUACAUAAAUAUUAGCUUUGGCAUGUUCAAGGCCUGUUAUACAUGUUGCUAUACCAGUAUACAUUGAUCCUGUUAAAUCAAUUUAUGAGCAGACUUCCACAAACUUAUCAAAAUAAAAUACCUGUCCUUUUUAAACAGCGUUUUGAAAUUGUAUUUUAUUACCGAUAUCUGCUGCUUAGUUAUGAACAAUGAUUUUUGUCCUAGUUAAUCUGCCACAGUAUAGUUGUAUUUUAAGUCAAAUCUACCUGAUUAACUUGUGAUAUUUUUUUUGUCAACUUACCAAGUAAAAUAUAUUUGAUAGGCAAAAUAUGUAAAGUUUUAUCUUAAAUAGGGAACUUUGGAUGAUUUUUAUAAAAUCAUAUUCAUUUUCCUCUAUUGAGAAAGUCUUUUAUUUUUUUUAUAUAUAUUAAAAUACAUGUUAGAAGAUGCUACAUUGUCGAUAGUGUUACCACUACUUUUCACAAAAAUGCGUUAAAAGGCAUGAUAUAUAAAUAUAUCUAAUUAUUGAUAAAACAAAGAAAUUAAAACAAAUAAUUAUGCACAAAAACAGUCACUUUAUAGGCUGAAAAUUACAAAAUUUAGAGGCAGAUCAUGGUAGAAUGUGAUAACGGUAAUUGUUUCUUCUAUUGAAAUUUAAAAGUGGAGGGUUGUUAUAGUAUGAAGUAUGUAGCUUUUUUCAUUGCACAAAAUAUGAAAAAGUCUUGUCGGCGACGUAGCAAAUUACCAUUAAUGUAAAGAUUUUUUUUUUUUUUUGUCUUUUCAGUUGUUUUUUUCUCAACUCUGAUCCUCAUCAUGCAUUUGUUUCAUCAUAGUUAUGAAGAUACUUGUUACUAUAUACACAAAACUGUACAUAUCUUCAGAUUUGACUUUUAAUGUAUACGCCUUGCUUAUAAAGGGAGCAACAGAGAUAUUAAUGCUGCUGUUUGGUUCGAAUAAUGAACCAUCUUAUUUCGUAAUACAGUGUAUAUAUUUUUACCUCACUUUUAAAAGUUUAAAAGACAGGUGCUUGCUGUGGAUUGGAAAGUAUUAUUGUACAAUGGUACAGAAUGAUGGGAAUUUUUUCGGUAGUUUCUUUGAAGUAUAACUUAACACCAGAGACUGGUGAUACUGUAAUAAUUCUUGUAAAACUGACUUUCCUGACACUAGAUUAAACAUGAAUGCUCGCAAUAUUUCAUUUGCCUAGAUAAUACCAGUGAUAUUUGGGUGACAACAGGAAAUAUACUGUAGUAGACUCAUUGUUUGACUAACUUUGGUCAUGAGAAAUUAUUAAUUUACUGUAUUUAUCCUCCAAUAAGCCCCUCCUCCAGUGUUAAAGUUCAGUACUCUAUUUAUCCUCCAAUAAGCCCCUCCUCCAGUGUUAAAGUUUAGUACUGUAUUUAUCCUCAAGUAAGCCCCUCCUCCAGUGUAAAAGUUUAGUACUGUAUUUAUCCUCAAAUAAGCCCCUCCUCCAGUGUUAAAGUUUAGUACCGUAUUUAUCCUCAAAUAAGCCCCUCCUUCAGUGUUAAAGUUCAGUACGAUAUUUAUCCCUCCCUUAUUGAAAAAGUUAAUAUUCAAGUUUGGGUACAGCUUAUUUUUGAACCAAUUUCAGCUUACUAUUUUAAAAUUGACGGUUCUGCAAACUGAAGGUUUAUUUGUGGACAGGGGCUGAUUUGGGGUUAAAUAUGGUAUGAGAAUAUUGUAUUCAGUUUAAUGUCAUGAAAGAAAUUUUCAUCAUCGAAUGCUUCCUGGUGACCAUGUAUCAUUAUCUAUACAUUGUAUUUACAAUAUUUCUUCACACAUUUCAUGGUAUUUAAGUAUGUUCACAAGACAUUUCAAGCAGGGAAAUUAAAAUCAUAUCAGAUUUUUUGUAAUACAUGUAUUUGUGCUAUUUUAACUAUGAUAUUGUUUCGUUAGAUUUUACAGACAAAAAAACCGAAAUAUCUUCAUGGGACAUGGUUGUAAAUUUCAAUAUUUUCCUUCAAAUUCGUUACUGCAAAAAUUGUACCAGUCAAUCUUGAAUACAUUUCUGUAUAUUGUUUGUAUCACAUCCAUUAAAUACAUUGGUUGUUACGAGGGAAAACUUUUAAUAUUUGAUGUUUUUAUUCUUUUUUAUUUAGCAAAAUAACAAAUUUAAAACAUCCUGCAUCAAAAGUACUGACAUGAUUAUCUUAUUGCUAAGUUUGGCAAGAAAAAUCGGAGCUUUCAUCAUAUAAAUUUAGUCGGGCGAUAAAAUUACUACAAGAUACUGAAAUAUUGUUUUGUUUCAUCAUUCUACUGAACAGUAUUGGAUAUAUUGGUGGGCUUAUUACAAGACAUGGGCUGACUGCCUGGUAAACAUGGUACAUACAUUACAGCUCAAUUACAUAAUGUUAUAAAAAUUUGUAUUUCUUCCACCAAUUACUACUAUUAUCAUAGAAAGCGAGAUAAAUUAAAUGAGGAGUGUUCUAUUGAGAUUUUACUGUGUAAUCUGAUCAAUAAAAACAAAUUUUACAACAUAAGGGAUAUUAUUGUGUAAUAGCGCAGGAUUAAUUAAAUUUAAAUCACUGUCUCCGCUAGGGAUCGAACCCGGAACCUCUGGCAUACUAGUCUUACGCACAACUGAUCGAGCUAAAGAAAUCUCUCUAGCCGAGCGGUAUAUUGCGGCUAGUAUUUACCAGGGUUACAAUUGUUUAAUAAAUGCCCUCUACUAUAAUACUAGCCCUCUACAUGGUGAGUCGGGACCAAUUAAUUCAGGACUUUAAUGUCCGUCAAUGAUCUCUGGAAGAUUUCACAAUUUUGGAAAAUUGAUCGAUUGGCAUGCAGAACCAUUCCAAUAUAUUCAUGAAAAUACUUAAGGAAGUCGGUAAAUUUUGUGCCUUUUUAUAGCUCUUUUAUUGAUGAUAAGUGUUAAACAAUACAUAUACGUAUAACAAGUUUGUAAUUUUAGUUGUAAAAUCUGAUGUACCUAUGUAGGGACUUAAAUACAAAACACAAAAUCAACUUAAAACAUAAACUAUGAAAAUCAUAAAACACACACACUUUAUAUACAUAUAUACUCUGACAAUUAAUGUAUACAAUUCAGAUGAAUUCCUUAAAGAUGUUCAAUAAAUAAUUAAAGUCUUUAAAAAUGAAAUAAUUUAUCAAGCAAACAAGGUUAAUUUUUACAUCUGAAUAAAUCAAAAUGACCAAAAAUGGUAUUUAACAGAUUUUGUCAGACUUAGCACUAUAUGAAGUAACAUUCUGGCAGGAUUCAUUAAAAUUAUUACAGACUUCCUGUAAGAAUUAGAAUUUUGGAAAUUUUCCAUAAGAAAUAAAAUUUAACAGACGUCGUGUAAUAAUUAAAAUUUUACAGACUUCCUGUAAGAAGAGUUUGAGGAAUCCUUAAGUUAAUUUAUUACAUACUUCCUGUAAUAUUUACAUUUGUACAGGAUUCCUGUAAUAAGUAUAUUACUUUGGUGCCGUAGUUAGAGUACUGACACAUACCAGGGACAAAUCCCUGUACAUUUUACUUCAGAACUUAUUUUAACACUUGCCAUACAUGUAACAUUUUAUUAUUGAUGUCUGUUUCUCAUCUAAUUUAUUCUUAUUAAAGGGACUUACAUAAUC